AUGAACUAUAACAGCACACCUCAAACAGACUAUAACAGAACAAGAUGCAACGACAAAUUCGCUGAUGUGAUUAAACCUGCUAGUCAUAUGCAAAUUACCCCAACUGUUACAAAUAACAAGCGAGACAAAGACCCUAAAACACCAGAUAGCACCUUAUUUCUUGACAUAACGUCGGAAGAGGAGGACGACUUUUCGUGUUUAUGCCCCCGGCAGACUACAUUUUCUAGCGAUGAUUGUUCAAAAAAUAGGGCAUCAAUGACUCAAUCGAUCAGUGAUAUGGAUGCUUAUUGGGCAAGGUUUAGAUUACCACGCAAAGAAUGGUUACAGAAAGAAUGGAAUAGGGGAGGCAGCGACCGAGUAAUUGUUUCAAACGCAAAUAACGCAAACAAAAGUGGCAAAAUUACCGGUAACGCGUACCAUACCAACGCAAAUAUUUACGAAAGUAUCAACAGUGAUAAUACCAUUGUAGAUGACGUUCAUGACUGCGAUGAUAGUUCGUCUAUUGACUCGUCGACGAGUGAGCUUGGAAUGUCAUACCCCCCAUCAGUGUACCCAACUUCAACAACUCUUGAGAACAAACUGAGUCAGAAAAGAAAGGACUUUAUACAAAAAUAUUCCUUUUCGCUUGCAACAGAUAAAAAACAAAGGAUCUGCGAAGAAAGUACUGAGAGUGAAGUACAUUCAGUCGACAAUCAUUUGCUACCCGUUGAUUCAGAAGAAGUGCGACGGAUAGAAAAAAUUAAGCUCUAUAUUACAAGAUAUCAUAUGCAAGAAAUUCACGAAGCAAAGGAACAGUCACAGAGAGAACCUCAUCUGUCGUCGGCUCUUCUAGCACCUAAAACAUUCUCUGACAUAACCGAGGAUUUUACGACAGCAUCACUAAUAAUUCUUCAAUCUGUCAUUGAGAAUGACAACAUACUCCUCGCCGAGCAGGUAAGGUGUAGGAUUAGGUUAAGCUCCGUUGGCGAAAGCGCAAGGUUAAACGAUAUUGAUUUAGAAUGUUCGCAUUGCGGUGUUCGGAUGAAAGAACUAGUUGUAGACAGAGUCUAUACUACCUACCAACGCGUUCGCAUUUCAUCCCUAAGUCCCACGCUUUCUCCGCCUGGAUCGUUCGGUAGCAGUAUUAUUGCAAUUCUCAAAGACGAUUUUAUUAAUGCAGUAAAAAUGGGACAAUUUAUAGAAGUUAUUGGAUUUGCAAAGAGACACUUUCACGGACUUGAUGAUAAUAUAUACCGGGUCAAUAAUACAGUUGACACUGGUGUGCAUGUCGAAGUUAUUAAUAUCAGAAACAUCCCAGUGUCACUCAAUAACCAUGACAGAUUAAUGCAAGCGCCUGAAUACUUUACUCUUUUGCAAACGGCAAAUUUGUCAGCCUGGUCAUUCACUCAACGUAUUGUUGAUGUGUUCUGUGAAGAUGUUGUUCCUAGAAAAGCGUAUAGGAAAAUAAAACUGUGCUUGUUAUUAAGCCUCAUAUCAAUAUCCGAGAAAACCAUUGAGCAUAUUAAUAGCUUCAAUAAGCUGCAUCUAUUUAUUAUUUGCGAUGAGUAUAAUAAUACUGUCAGGAGGUUAUUACGACAAGCAUCCAACUUUACUAGACACGAGGAAUGGGCUUAUGGAAUUGGCAAUAGAAGGCAACCGCUCUUUUCAGUAGAGUAUGGAGGAAAAAAACCUCAAUCAGAGAGAACACUCGAAUCUGCAAUUUUGUCAAGGGUUGAUGAUGGAGUUUUACUAGUAAAUAUGGAUAUAAUAUCUAAGAAAGACAUUAAUGAUGUUAGACAAGUUAUAACACCUGUUUCACAACCGAUGCUGGAAACACAAUACCAUCAGUUGUGUAUGGACAUUGAUGCGUGUCUCUGGGCAUGGUCAACUACAAGGAAAGCAACAACCAAGGGAAAGUACAUACCAACUCAUAAAGAUGUGAAUCAGUAUGGCGUCGAAAUUGUAUGCAGAGCUCUUGUGAAGCCGAUUGUCGAUACAUUUGAUCUUGUAAUUUAUAUCAAGGAAACAGUCGACUCUGAAACUUCUAAUUCGCUUAUUGAUCACGUUUUCGACCAAUAUUCCGACAAUGAGAAACCCAAAGAACGCGUGUCAUUUGAAGAAUUUAAGAAUUAUAUUGUAGCGGCACGCAGCAUCGAAGUCACAUUGUCAAAGGAAUGUAAAGAUUUACUUCGGAAAUACUAUUUAACCUUUCGAAAACUAAAAGGGGGAAGCCAUGGCUAUUCAUCAUCGACUGCCCUAUUAGAAACUCUGCUCUCUCUGGCAAUAUGUCAUGCAAAACUGUGUCUUCGAAGUGUUGGCAGUCUCGAUGAUGCACUUGCAAGCGUUUUAAUAGUCGAAGAGUCCAUUGCUACGAAAUAUGGUUCAAAUAGAUCGCUCCUUGGUUUUUCAAUUUUAAGCGAUGAUCAGGAAAAUCUACAUAAAUUGUAUGGUGUUGCCACAAGCAUUGAGGACGAGGAUGAGGUACCCGCUAUGAAUGCCUUUGAUGACUGCGAAACAAACGACAGACGACUACAAUAUUUCUAUGAUCUAUCCAAACACGACGACGAAGAAAUGUCAAAAAUGUACCAACAUUUAUUGCGUAUAUUUAAUACACCCACCACGGUUCAACCGGAUACUCGGACAAAUAGUGUUCAGGGGUACUUUGGCGACGAAAGCUCCAUUGAUAUAAUGGACAGCAUCGCUAGCCAGAAAACACAAGACCCACGUAUCCCCGGGAAUGAUGGGGAUACCAGUACGGGCGCAAGACGUCGAUGGAGACUCUAUACAAUCAAACUCUUAAAUCUAUCCAUCGACUUUGAGAGCACGAUGGGAACACUCAACACAAAGAUACGAUGCCGUCGUCCCUUUCGCUACUGCAGGAAACGACCUGCUGCAAUGACUUUAUUAAGCGAUGAUGAUGGCUUGGGGAAAAAAGAGCAAGAGAUGGAAGAAUUCAUGCACUUGAUGUAUGCCGUCGAAAAAACAGCAUGGAAAUCGUCUUUCAGUGCACCGAUAGCCAAGCGGUUGGAGAUCGGAGCUAAAGUGCUGGAUGCAGGGUGUGGGAACGGUACGUGGAUACUCGAACAGGCAAACAAUAACCCGGCAUCAGAAUUUAUAGGCCUAGACAAGACAUCGUCGGUAUUCCCAAGCCAAAUACGACCCAUGAACGUGUACUUUAUGCGAGGCAAUUUAUUAACGAGAUUGCCAUUCGACGAUGAUACUUUUGAUUACGUACGAAUGAGCAAUAUGUUAAUGGUAUUUAACAAAGAAAAUUACGAGAAGGCCAUUACUGAACUUGUUAGAAUACUGAAACCUGGCGGAUACAUUGAGCUGAGUGAAUUUGAGCAUUCUCCUGAAGAAGGCGGUCCAUACUUUGCAAUGUUUGGCGAGGAAUUUAAACUCAAAGCCCAAAGCGAAAAGCACGGAGAGCAAUCCUUCCAACCAUCCGUAUCAUUACCAGAUCUGCUCAGCCAGACUUACGUCUUAACCUCGCUUCAGAAAGCUCACCAACGUCUUCUUGUAGGUGGUCGUGGCGGUCGUUUGGGAAUGGCAUCGUACGAAAUGCUGAACAUGUGUUUUGGAAUAAUCCAUGAAGAAGUCUUGAUGUCUAAAUGGGCAUUGAACAAAGAAGAGUACAUGGAAAUUGUUGCUGCACUUUUGGAGGAAUUAAAUGAGAGAGAGAGUUGGCUUCGCGGAUUUCGACCGGCAGAUGUACCAAUUUUCUCAUUCAAACAAGGAGGUAGUAGCGGUGACGUUUUGGUGAAUGAGAAACUGAAAUUAUUACGUCCUAAAACUUUCGAUGAUGUUCAAGAAGUAUCCCACUACAUAUAUCAAUUCUUAUGGCAGAGCAAUUUUUCAGCUCCUGUGGAAGAAAAACUGACAAGUGGCGCAAGAGUUUUAGAUGUCGGAUGUAGUCCUGGCACAUGGCUUUUUGACAUAGCCUCUGCAUAUCCUUUAACCGACUUUAUAGGAAUCGACAUCAAUAAUCUUUUCCCCAGCCCCAACGAAAUCAGCCAACACAAUGUCAAGUUUGUACAAGCAGAUGUGCUUGAUAAAUUACCAUUUGAGGAUGAUUCUUUUGAUUAUAUAAGAAUGGCUUUAUUUUCGGGUACAUUUAUGCACGACGAAUGGCAGCGUGCACUUCAAGAGGUUGUGAGGGUUCUUAAACCAGGUGGUUUCCUCGAACUAAUGGAACCAGACUAUCGUUUACAAAACAUGGGACCAGAUUCUUCACAAGUCGUCACAUCAAUGUUGCAAUAUCUUUCUCUGCAGCAUAUGGACAGCGAGAUAGUUCGCAAAUUAGAACUUCUCCUUGCCGCAACUAAUGGUCUCGGUGACAUAGAACAUUCUUUCCGACCUUUAUCCAUUAGCCGUCUUGGCGGGAGGAUGGGAACUUUGUUGGAAGAUACGUUUUUCAUUUAUUACAACCAAGUUGGCGAACAUCUUGCAGAAUUCAUGGAGUUGUCGUUGGGGGAGUAUGAAGAAUUGUUGCGUCGUGUCAAGGAAGAGUUUGUUACGUAUGAAACUUUUUGUAAAGUAUAUAGAUUUUGGGCUGUAAAAAAUAGAUGA